AUGCAUCCACAUAAACGACCAUUAUCUUACAUAUAUACUACGUCUCCAUAUACUAUUCCUAGUUUUGAAACUGUAUCAUCUCAACCAGUUCUAUUAGAUGUUAAUUGUUCAACUAUUAUUGGUCUUGAUAUUGCUAAUAUAGCUAUUGAAGGAAAUAAACAAAAUGAAACUUCUAAAUUAGGAUCAGGAACAGCAACAGUUGGUGCAGGUAUUUGGAGUGGAUCUAUAUCGUUUGUCGCUGCUAUUUUUAUUAUUAUAAUUAUAUUUAUGAGCAAUAAACGUAUUGCUGCUACAUUUGCAUUAUUAGCAGUUAUUUUGGCUUUCUUUUUUACUAUUGUUCUCAUUGGUUUAGCUGGUAAUUCAGUACAGAAUAAUCUAUCUAAAACUGAACGUACAAGUGCAGAAGAAGUACAACAUAAACUUUUAAUUGCUAUACUUUCUAUUGCUCUAUUUAUCAUGAUACUUUGUAUAAUAUUUUUUGCUAUGUAUAUUAAAGUCUUACUUUCAUCAUCUGUUCGUAAAAUAACAAUGCGUUGA